AACAGGAACUGUGCUGUGACAUAUUCAAAAACAGAUAUCGCUUCAGCUCAGUUUCGGCAGAGAGCUGGAGGAGGAACAAGCAGUUUGUUUUGAGCUCCUUCUGCUGGAAAACUAUCUGCAUCUGCUCCGUGCGAGCAGUGCAUGAAAGGAAAAUGUCAUCUUCAUAUGAACGCCUUCAUGACAGUUAUGUUUCAAACAAAGGGAGGUCGACCAGCUGUGUGGCAUUAGCUGUGCUUCUGGGCUGUCUGAUUGUCCUGGGGGUUUUGCUUGCCAUCGCUGUUCUGAAGAGACCCCCGCCGCCCAAAGACCAUGAGACACUUCCUCAGGACAACAGUGGAGGCAAUUCCUCUACAAAUCAGUGCAGCAUGGCCCUCGUGGAGAGCAUUCCCAUACAGAUGAAAUAUAAAGCCAAUGUAACGCUCGGGAUCCCUCUGGAACAAGUCUGGAAAGAUCUCAUCGCCAUGGCAACGGACCAAGUGGAUGUGGUCUCUUUUUACUGGACGUUAACUGGGGAAGACAUCAAAGUUAAUUCUUCCACUGACGUACCUGGAAGGAAUAUCCUGAAAGAACUUGGGGAGUUGCCCUCCAGGAAUAUAUCUGUCCGUGUGGUGACCAGUGUUCCCUCAGUUAGAACAAACUCCACAGAUUUAAAGAUCUUAAAGCAGAAAGGAGUCCAUGUGAGGGAGGUGAAUUUUGGGCGCCUGACACAAGGCGUCCUCCACAGCAAGUUCUGGAUCGUUGACAGAAAACAUGUGUUUAUUGGAAGCGCAAACAUGGAUUGGAGAGCUCUAACACAGGUGAAGGAAUUAGGAGUGGUCAUCUACAACUGCUCCAGUGUAGCAAAGGACCUCCAUAAGAUCUUCCAGUCGUACUGGGUGAUGGGACAGUCAAACAGCACCCUGCCGCAGCCCUGGCCUGCAAAGUUCGAGACUGACAUCAACUUAGAUCACCCCCUGCUGGUGGAAGCUGAGAAUGUCUCCAGCAGCAUUUACCUCUCAGCUUCUCCACCAUCAUUCUGUCCUCCAUCAAGGACUCAGGACCUGGAGGCUAUUCUCUCCAUCAUCUCAGAGGCUCAACACUAUGUUGAUGUAUCUGUCAUGGAGUACUUCCCCACCACACGCUUUGAAAGGCCUCUGAAAUACUGGCCGUUCAUCGAUGACGCCAUCAGGAUGGCCGCAUUCGAGAGGAAGAUUAAGUUCCGGAUGCUGAUCAGCUGCGGGCGGGACUCUGAUCCAGCCAUGCUUCCCUUCCUUCAGUCUCUAGCCUCAAUGGACAACCCUCACGAUGAUAUCAGCAUUCAAGUAAAAUUGUACAUUGUGCCUGUGGGAAACCAGACAGAUAUUCCAUACUCCAGAGUCAACCACAAUAAGUACAUGGUGACAGAUAAAGUAGCUUACGUUGGUACCUCCAACUGGUCAGGGGACUACUUUAUUACCACAGCUGGAGUGGGCCUAGUGAUUUCCCAGCAUGCUCCUCAACCUGAAUGGAAGACCAAGGCCCUGCAGAGCCAGCUCAGGGCGGUUUUUGACAGAGACUGGUACUCUGAGUAUGCUGUGAACCUGACUGACCUGGGGCACCGCCCUGACUGUGCACUAUCAACGUGACAGAGGACUGAAGUUGCACAUAAAAUAUGUAGUUAUUAAGGUUGUAUUUAUGCUUGUGUAUAAUUUGACUUAAUAAGUUCAUACACUUGUAACUGCAAGUAAGGUUUACUGACUUUUUUUCUUUGUUACAUUUUGUGGUUGACUGACUGUUGAAUGUAUUAUUACUAAAUAUACUGUAAAAUUUCUAAACACAUAUUAUAUAUAUAUAGUUGUUUUUUUUUUAAUUAAAUAUGUAUAAAUAUUUUACUUUUUUUCAAAUAAACAAAAUAAUAUUUGAAUCCAGAGUCAGCCAUACCUCGCUGUGUGGUGAAUGGUGAAACACCACUUGUGCCUACAGUUAUGACUUCAUCAGUAACACUGUGACUGUGGCUGUUAGCCCAAAAGACACUAUCACACUUGUUUUGGCAUUAUCCAUAUGCAGAAUUCUUUGAUAAAUAAAGAUUCAUAAUCAUAAUCAUUUUUGUUAAGGA